AGUGUCUUCGAGGGUUGCAAUGGUGGUACACGCGUAAGUAGAAUUUUCUGGGAAUAAACUUUCCGAUACAAUCAAUGAAGAGGUCAGAAAGCCAUGGAUAUCAUCAAUGGACCAGACUUCGUGUACAGCAGGAUCUGCCUCAGGCCAUUCGGGCUUUGGCCGUUUCAGGACCCCAAGAGCAAACUCAUAUCUCGUGUCAUCACCCUGAUGGCCGUCUCGACCGUUUUGAUACCUCACAUCAUGAAGACGUAUGAGUUUCGAAACGACUUUCACAUCUUGCUAAUGUGCAUCCCGAGUCUGCUGUACUAUGCGCAUUAUAUAACCAAGUUCCUCUAUAUCGCCUUCCGCGAAGAAAAGUUUAGAAACGUAUUGGAGCGCAUAAAGGAUGACUUCGUGACGUUCAGAGGUGAGAGUCUAAAUCACCUUACCAACUAUUCGGAGGAGGCCAGAAAAUUUAACACCUUCUACAUGAUGUACCUGUGCUCGACGGUGGUCAUCUACAACGUCACAGCUUUCAUACCUCACAUGCUGGACUUCGUUUUUCCUUUGGAAAAUGCUACUCGACCGCGUCACGCCGCCCGGCUCGUCAAGUACAACAUUCACCAAAUCGACAACAAUUUUUACUUCGUGCUGAUACACGGGAUGAUUUUCGACGUCGUAGCCAUCGCCAUAAUCAUCGGGUUCGAUGCGUUGUUCAUCAAUUGCGCUCAACAUGCCUGUGCUCUCUUCAAGAUUGUCGUCGUGGAAUUGCGCAAGUCUACUAAAUUGGAUGAAAAAAUGAGCAAUUCUGCAUCUGAUUUGGUUACGUUGCAGUGUCGUCAAGACAUCUUCUACGCGAAGCUCGUCAGGACCAUCAUCGCCCACAAGCACGCUAUAGAGUUUACGGACAAUUUGGAGUCAACUUACGCCUUGGUCAACUUCCUCAUGAUCGGCAUAGCCGUUGCGACGAUAACGUUGACGGAGUUUGAGACAAUCGUUCACGUCAACGAAGUUGACAUAAUGUGCCGAUUCGCAUUUUUCUCCGGUGGCGAGCUGAUCAGCAUGCUUUAUCAGAAUUGGCCUGGACAGAGGAUUAAGGAUCACAGCUUGCGCGUUCAUGCGUCAUGCUUCGAAUGCGAAUGGUACAGGGAGGAUGUAUCUUACAAGAGUAAGAGAUUGCUGAUGUUUAUGAUGUUGAAAAGUGAGGUACCAAGUGCCUUGACGGCGGGAAAAUUGUUUAUUCUAGAUCUACAGAAUUACGUCAAAAUCUUUAAGGCAUCGCUCUCCUAUUUCGCGUUCCUAUCAUCAGUCGCUAAAGUGUCCUCAAACUGAAUACGUAACUACUUGUUCGAUAAUAUAUUUAUUUUGUAAUGCUAUUUUGAAAUAAUUAUAUUUUUAUAACACAUACAUAAAAAAUACCAUUAACGACGCUUAUAAAUUGGAGCAAAAACAGAGUUGUCUGAGAACAAAAUAAAAUGUAAUAUUUAUAAAACGUCUAUAACAAAAUGUAUAGACAGUCACAAAAAAUGUCUCAACAGUGGGUUCCUUAUACUUUACAGUCGAGCGUUAAUAGAAUUCUCGGCGGCGAGCAAAAACUGUUA